AUGAUUGGCGGCGCCGCACUGCUGGCCGAUGGCAUGAUUACACCGCCCAUCUCGGUUACCUCUGCCAUCGAGGGUUUGCGUAAUAUUCCCCAACUGAGCGGUAUACCCACAAAAACCAUCAUCUAUAUUGUACUGGGCAUUAUCACCGUACUGUUUUUCCUGCAGCAAUUCGGUACAGCCUCGAUCGGGAAAAUCUUUGGGCCCUUAAUGAUGAUUUGGUUUACCAUGAUGGCUGUGCUGGGCAUCAUCCAUUUUCAUGAAGACCUCAGUAUUUUCAAAGCGCUGAGCCCCCAUUAUGCAGUUAAACUGCUCUCUACUUACCCCAACGGCUUCUGGAUACUGGGCGGCGUAUUUCUGUGUACUACCGGGGCAGAAGCGCUGUACAGCGAUCUUGGUCAUUGCGGCCGUGGUAAUAUCCGCAUUUCCUGGAUAUUCGUAAAGACCUGUCUUGUACUCAACUACCUGGGGCAGGGCGCCUGGAUACUCACGCACAAGAAAGGCGUAAUGAUUACAGAAGAAAUGAUUGGCAAAGGAUUCAAUCCUUUCUACGGCGUUAUGCCGGAAUGGUUUCUUAUACCCGGCAUUAUCAUCGCCACCGCAGCCGCCAUUAUCGCCAGCCAGGCAUUGAUCAGCGGUUCAUUUACGCUUAUCAGUGAGGCCAUGCGCCUGAGCCUGUGGCCAAAAAUGAGGGUGGUAUUUCCUACAGAAGAAAGGGGACAAAUCUAUAUCCCCGGCAUCAACUUCCUGCUGUUUUUCGGUUGCAGCGGUGUGGUACUUUAUUUCAGGGAAUCUACCAAUAUGGAAGCUGCCUACGGACUGGCCAUUACACUCUGUAUGCUGGCUACCUCUAUUCUUUUUGCCAACUACCUGGUCACCAAAAGAACCGCCUCCAUGUGGAUCUAUCUGUACCUGCUGGUGUACCUGUCUAUUGAACUGAGUUUCCUGUUUGCCAACCUCGACAAAUUCAAGCACGGUGGUUAUGUAGCCCUGCUGGUAGCCGGCGGCCUCUUUGCCAUUAUGUACAUCUGGUACCGCAGCCGGAAAAUUAAAAACAGGUAUGUAGAGUUUGUUCGGCUGGAGCAUUACCUGCCGCAGAUACAGGAACUGAGCAACGACAAAACCGUUCCCAAAUACGCUACCCACCUGGUGUAUAUGACCAGUGCCAAUAACCCCAAGGAAAUUGAACACAAAAUCAUCUACUCUAUUCUUAACAAGAAACCCAAGCGGGCAGAUAUUUACUGGUUUGUGCACGUAGACACGGUAGACGACCCAUACACCAGCGAAUACAAUGUAGAGCAUAUCAUUCCCAACGAUAUUAUCCGCGUAGAGUUUAAACUGGGUUUCAGGAUGGAGCCUAAAAUUAACCUCAUGUUCAGGAAAGUAGUGGAAGACCUGGUGCAAAACAAAGAAGUUAAUAUUACCAGCCGCUAUGAAAGCCUGGAGCGCAAUAAUGUGGUGGGCGACUUCCAGUUUAUUGUAAUGGAGAAAUACCUGAGCCAGGACAAUGAACUUCCUUUCUUUGAAAGAGUAGUAAUGAAACUGUAUUUCUGGCUGAAAGAGAUAAGCCUUUCUGAAGAAAGAGGUUUCGGUCUUGACCCCUCCAAUGUAAACAUUGAAAAAUUUCCGCUGAUAGUGGCACCGGUGCAGGGCAUUAAACUGAAAAGGGUGUAUUAUAAUGAGGAAGAGGUGUGA